AUGUCGCAGCGGCCUGCUUCGUCGCGUCCUUCGUCCAGCUCUCCGCAUGACAGAACCAAACGUCUUCCUCCCCUGGGAUCCAGAACUCUACCGCCCAUCCAGAAUACAACCGCCCCCGGAGUAUCAAAAAAUGGUGCUCCGAACAUUUCCGCCACGCAAAAUUGUUCCGCACAACCGACACCACCGCCAUCCUCCACGCCUCCAGACCAGCGACCGUCGCGUCCCAUCGGUGUCCAAAACUUGCUUAAUCCUGCAACAAGUGGAGAAACGACCAAGAUCCAGAGCCGACGCCGAAAUGCCGAGCAUGUGGAUUCCCCUCCGAGAGCAAGUCCUCUUACCGCAAUGCCUCGCGCGUCAACUCCAUCUUUGCCUCCGACUUCCAUGACCAAUCGGUCUCCAGUCAGCAUGACAUUACCCAGUAUUACGCCGCCUUUGGUCAGCGUGCAUCCUCUGCCUUUGGGUCGGGCGAUGACUCCCCAUCUGUCGCCAUCAAGCUACGGCCCUGGCUCUGUCACCAUAAACAAUCCGAGCGGGACGAUGGAUGUGAAACAGUCACCCUUCGUCCUGCCUCGAGAUCAUAACGGUGCAGGAGGACGAGGAAGUCUUCCGGACCUUGCCACCGCCACCUCUUUGCCUGGCGACCCUUACGGUGCUCCUUUGCCGCCUGCAAGAUCCCCUCCUGGUCGUAGAGGUAGCCAAGACUCCACCCGCUACUCUCAUAUGCAGAAUCUGCUGGAGAGAAAAGGUGGCAUGGCAACGGGACCUCAAUCGGUAGCCUCUCAAGGUGACAGCCCCAGCACUCAAUAUUCGUCCUACAGCCAAGUCAGUCACACGCCUCCUCCUGCUCCACCUCCAUCUACCGGUCAACCGCAGUCGUUCUUCACUGCACCAUUUACCGCGCCGGGUCCGGCCUCGUCGAUGGCCCACAUGGGAUUUGACGCGGCAUCGGGCAGCACGGCGGGCGGGAGUACAUAUCAAAUGAUGACUCUCGACACCGAACAAGGUCCCAUUCAGGUACCUGUUGACGUGCAAGCUGCGUCGAAAGUCGCUGACGAGAAACGCAAGCGCAAUGCCACGGCCUCCCACCGGUUCCGUCAACGUCGGAAGGAAAAGGAGCGCGAGAAUUCUCAAAACAUUGCGAAGCUGGAAGACCAAAUCCGACAGAUGGAGGAAGAAAGAGAACAUUAUAGGAGGGAAAGGGAUUACUUCCGCGAAGUAGCAGUUCGCCAACCUGGUCAAACACAUGUCCUGGCUCGACCGCUGUCGCCAAGGCAGAGGCGACAUUCCUCCAUCGGUGGAUCCAUGGGGUAUCCUAAUGUGCAGUUUGAAGGACCGGAGACUGGAAACCGCACCGGAGGCCGAAAUACUAGGCGAAGAACAAGUGCCUACGUGCCCCCUACUGGACCCUCUCCACAGUCUGCUGAGCCAGCACGGCCCAUGCCUCAGUACGAGCAGCGGAUGGCAAGCAAACCCACCGAGCAUAUCCAGGGAGGCGACCACGCUCGCCUCUCUCUUCAAACCGGUCCUUUCGACCCAUCUACGACACGGUGA